AGUUCUUAGGUGGAAUGAUAGAAGAAGAGGUGGCUAUAAAUACGGAUUUCUCUUCAGGUUAACUUGUAUAGUAAGUAACCUUAAGACAACAGCGAACGAAUCCAAAAUGAAGACAUCGAUUUUCGUGACAACGAUUGCACUUGUUGUUAAUGUUUGCUGGGCCCAGGAGCCUUUUGCGAAAAAAGCAAAAUAUCAAGACGAUCAAGAUUCGCAAUACAAUCGUCCUGAACCACUGCCGCAACAACAGAGAUACGAACAACCAUCGAACGAAAGGCAAAGGCCCUUGGAAUACACGAGCCCGAUUCCCAUCAUUCGGUUCGACAAAGAACAGGGGCAGGACGGAAGUUAUAAGGCAUUAUGGGAAACUGGAAACAAUAUUCUUGCUCAAGAAGAAGGCUAUUUGAAAGAUUUGGGACCUGAUCCGGAGAAAGAAGGUGAAGAGUUGAGGGGACAGGUUCAACAAGGAUCUUACACGUAUACGUCGCCCGAAGGACAAAUUAUAACGGUCACAUAUUUAGCCGAUGAGAAAGGAUUUCAUCCAAGCGGGGAUCAUUUGCCGACCCCACCACCAGUCAGCCCGGAAAUACAAAAGGGUCUUGAUCUAAUAUUCGCCGGUAUCAGAGCGCAAGAGGAGGAAGAUGCCAAAAAUCCUCCAAAAGACGGAAGUGAUAUAAAUCAGAUCCCAGGUGAAGACGACGGUCAGUACAAACGCUACGAAAAAUUGUAGAAAUCGAAACUUUUAAAACUUUAAACGGUACUGUGAUUAGCCUUUUUACAAUAAUAUGUUUAAUGUUUAUUAUAUUUAAGUCACCAAGUAUUUGUGUGGUACAUAUAAUUACAUGUAUUUUUGGUCACUGAGAGCUUAUAAUUAAUUUUAAACUCUCUACUCCUAUGUGUACAAAUGUUAUUUGCAAUAAACGAUAUAAACAUUUAAA